CCUACCCAGAAUGCUCCGGAUCAACUUGCCGGCACUCAGAAUCUCUCGCCACAAACCAUGGGACAAGCAUGUUCCGCAGUAAAACCACUCUGCAAGUGAACAUCACACCCGCCCAAGGCGAGAUCAGCGUGGGAGAGUCCAAGUUCUUUCUGUGUGAAGCUAUCGGUGAUGUGAAGGAAAUCGACUGGUUCUCCCCGAGUGGCGAAAAGAUCCUGCCGAACAGACAAGACAUCAGUGUCACCCGAAAUGAUGACUCCUCAACGCUCACCAUCUACAAGGCCAAUAUCGACAAUGCCGGCAUUUACAAAUGUGUGGCCAAGAAUGGCAACAUGGAAACUCAGGCCACGGUGACUGUGAAGAUCUAUCAGAAGCUCACAUUCGAGAGUGCCCCCUCCCCUCAGGAGUUCAACGAAGGUGAAACCGCCAACAUUGUCUGCGAUGUAGUCAGCUCGCCUCCCCCCACGAUCAUCUGGAAACGCGGAAGCGGCAAAAUUCAGAUGGACAAAGAUGUACGGUUCAAGGUCCUGGACAACAACCACCUGCAGAUUCGAGGUAUCAAGAAGACAGACGAGGACGAUUACGUCUGCGAGGGCCGCAUCAUGGCCAGGGGGGAGAUCGACUUCAGGAUUAUCAAGGUCGUCGUCAAUGUUCUCCCAACGAUCCGGACCAGGCAAGCGGAGGUGAACGCCACGGCGGAUGUCGGGCAGUCCAUAAUGCUGGCAUGUGACGCCGAUGGCUACCCGGAGCCGACCGUGACAUGGGCCCGCAACAACAUUGUCCUCGAAUCAGGCGAUAAGUACAGCAUCAACGAGGACGGCUCGGAGUUGCUAAUAAAAAACGUCAGGAAGGUGGACGAAGGGGAUUACACAUGCAUCGCCAAGAACAAGGCAGGCGUGAAGAUGGAGGAAGUCAGCCUGAAUGUGUUUGUGCAACCCAAAAUCACGUACCUGAAGAACCAGACAGCUUCUGAGCUAGAGGAGCAGAUCACGCUGACCUGUGAGGCUUCGGGGGACCCCACUCCUAGCAUCGUCUGGAGCUUCGGCCGGCGCGUCUUCAACGAGGGAGAGCAGAGUCUGGAUGACAAUGUGGAGGUGCGCAGCCAUGCUCGUGUGUCCUCCCUCACCCUGAAGUAUGUCCAGUUCACUGAUGCUGGCCAGUACCUCUGCACGGCACGCAACCCCAUUGGGCAGGAUGCCCAAGCCAUGUACCUGGAAGUACGCUAUGCUCCUAAGGUCCAAGGCAAGGUGACGGUGUACACCUGGGAGGGGAACCCGGCCAACAUCAGCUGCGAGGUGCUGGCCCACCCGGAAGCUUCCGUGACCUGGUUCCGUGACAGCCAGCAGCUGCCCGGCCCCAACACCACCAACAUCAAGAUCUUCAACACGCCCGAGGCGAGCCACCUGGAGGUCACCCCCGACUCACAGACAGAUUUUGGCAGCUACAACUGCACGGCUACCAAUGCGGUCGGCACAGAAUCCAAGGAGUUCCUCCUCAUUCAGGCAGAGGUGCCCUCCGCCCCGUUCAUCGAGCAGGUGAUGCCCUACUCCAGCACGGCUGUGGUGCACUUCGACGAGCCCGACGCCACUGGCGGAGUCCCAGUGCUGAAGUACAAGGUGGAGUGGCGUCUUCUGAACCAGGGAAACUGGACCAGUCAGAAAUACACCUCCGAUGACGGUAUAAACACGAUCACCAUCGUGGGUUUGAAACCGGUGACCAGUUAUGAGGUGAAGAUGUCAGCCAUCAAUGGCAAAGGUGAAGGGGAGAGCAGCGCACCCAAAGAUUUUAGGACAGAGCCAGUCCGAGAGCCCAACCCCCCCAAACUGGAGGGCAAGCUGCAGUCAACGGGCAAUGUUCUCAAGGUCAACUGGAUCAAGCAGGAUGAUGGGGGGUCACCUAUCAAGCACUACCUAGUUAGAUACAAGGCUAAGCACGUGUCCGACUGGAAGCCAGAAAUCCGCCUGCCCAGCAACAGCGAACAUGUGGUGCUGAGUGGCCUGGACUGGAACACGGAGUAUGAGGUGCACGUGGUGGCGGAGAACCAGCAGGGCAAGUCCAAGGCCGGCACCUUCAGCUUCCGCACCUUAGCUGAGCCCACGGCCAUUCCAGACCCCAUGGUCAACGGCUCCAGCAUGAGCACAGGCGCCAUCGUGGGCAUCCUCGUCGUCAUCUUCCUGCUGCUGCUGGUGGCUGUAGACAUCACGUGCUACUUCCUCAACAAGUGCGGCCUGCUCAUGUGCAUCGCCGUGAACUUCUGCGGCAAACCGGGCCCCGGCUCCAAGAACAAGGACAUUGAGGAGGGGAAGGCUGCUUUUACGAAGGACGAGUCAAAGGAGCCCAUCGUGGAGGUGAGGACCGAGGAGGAGCGCACACCCAACCACGAAGGAGGGGGCCAGGUGGAGCCCAACGAGACCACACCCCUGACGGAACCUGAGCUGGCAGCUGACACCACUGCCACAGUGGUGGACCUGCUCCCUUCUGUCACCACUAACUCUGACUCUGUCACGACUCAGAACAGCCCCGCUAGUGAGUCCACCACGCUCACCUCCAGCACCGCCGCAGCGCCCCCUGCUGCCGACGCCAAAGCCGCCCCCCCAGUCCCCCAAUCCAGUACCCCCAAGUCUAGCACGGCCGCUCCCGCCCCACCCACUGCCACCCCCCUCCGAGCCGCCCCCAAGGUGGCCCCCCUGGUCGACCUGAGCGACGCCCCUGUAACCAAGGCGACCGGUGGCACGGAAACUGCCGACGCCGUGAGCAACCACACCCCUGCAUCUGAACCCAGCCCCGCCCCCACCACACAGCCUACCAAAGCUGAAGCCCCAAAGCCCCCUGGGAGCGAGCCGCCACGUAGUGAUCCGAAAAGCCCCCCAGUGCCAGUCCCGAACGCCACCGCCCCCGACAAUGCCGUCAAGCCCCCUCAGCACCAAGACUUUCAGAUAGACGGAGGACCCCUCCAGCCCUCAGAUACUGACCUUGCCAAGGAUGUGUUUGAUGCUCUGGGCAAGCCCCCCGGGCCCCCUGCAGACUCCAGCGCCGUCCCCGCAGCAGCCCUGGACGAGAAGAUGGCCCCAGCAGACGGCAAAAGCAAACCAGAGGAGACAGAUGUUAAGAAAACCCCGUCGGAAGUGAAGACGGACCCUAACGAAGCCGCUCAAACAAACGGGGAUGAGGUCAAAGCAUGAUCAAGCCCAACUGGAACACGUCAGUCACGGCUCUUCAAGACGUCACACCACAACAUUGAAAUGAGAUUACAAAUGGUUUCUUUCUUCAGUGUCUUUUAUGAAUUUUCAGAACAAGCGACGAGUUUGUAGAUCUGUAGAAUGGAAUACGAUCUUGUGUACAUGCUUCUCCCCCCCCCCAAGUUCAUUUUUAUUUUGUUUUGCGUUUUGUUUUCAACGUACGUUUUACCAUUCAGAGCAAAAAAAAAAGCAAGAUCUUGUAUUUAAGUUCUAUCUUGAUUUAUUGGAGGGAACCAAAAUUGAACUUCAAGGGCACUCUUUUGGGGAAAUUGUGUGAGUAAUCUCUCUCAAGUGGAACAACAUCUCAGUCCGUCAGAGUAGAUUACCGAGAGGAAAUUUAGCUUUAUCCGAUAACGAUGCCUUUAUGUUGUGCACACACACUAUUUCUAAUUAUGUCUGUUCUAUUAUGUGCUGUAUCGCCACAGUUAUUUUCACUGCUAAUGAGUUGUUUUAAUGUUCUCUUGUGUUAAAAGAUUAUGUGCAAAAAUAACUGCCUUUUAUGUUAUAUAUUUUUUUAAUCGUCAUUAUUUUGAGGGAUAUAGUAUAGAAUUAGCAUGCUUGCUUGGCCAAAAGAGGUUUCCGUAUUCCAUAUUUUUCCUUUUUUUUCUUUUCAGAUGUUUAUACACCUUUAAUCUUUCUUCCCCUUUUUGAACACGGCUUGAUUUAAUGCAAACAUGAAAAUACAAGUGAAGGCAUAGCAUUCUGACGCAGUUUAAAAGAGUUUGAGUUUGGCAGUCUGGUUGCGGUACCAAAAGACGAAUUCAUACAGGCAGUUGUAGGAAAACCUGCUCCACGCCGAUUGGUUAUCUUGUAUUUCCCCCCCAUAAACCAAGAAAAUUAACCUGUUCCUCAGAAUAGUGUGUGUGGGGAGAGAAGGGACAGUGAUGUGCUAUUGGCCAGCACAAAAGUGAGGAAUGGUGACCCAUUAGCCAAUGGGGAGAGGUGGGUGGGACCCCAGAGUAGCACCUCCUCCACAGUGCUGUGGUUGAGCACAUCACACAUCAAGGAACAGUCAUCUGGAACCAGUCUCCAGUUGUUUACCAAGCAUGGAGAAACCUCAGAAUGGCUAAGAUGGACCAAAUUUGUUCGCUUUAUAUCCUGAGGUGUUUAACAUCGGUGAUCUAAAGUCAGUAUCUUCGAUUUGACCCCCUCUUCAGAAGUGUGAAUACAAAGAGAAGUUAGGCAUAGGAAAGAAGUAAUGCGCUUAGAAGGUUAUUAACCUGUCUUUAGGCAUAGUGAAGAGCAGAAAUGCCUGAACAAAUUCAUUAUUUAAGCCAUAGUGCUCUGGUGUGGAGGUGGAAACACAAAAUGCCCAGUCAGACCUUCUUUUGUACAGGAUGUUUUUCAUUCUUUUAGACUGCAAGCUUGUGCACUGUGAAUGCGUGAAUAUUCUAGUGUGAAUAAAAAAAAAAAAUGUGUUCUUUGUCAUAGAAUAAUAAAAAAAAAUUGCAUAGUUUGGUUGUGAACGGAAUAGCGGAUAGUUGGAGACGAAAUGGGUCUAUGAAAAAAUGACAGACGAUAAAAAGGGAGAAGCCUUCGGAAAAAGUUCAUCGUGGUUCUGCGUUUCGCGUCUGCAACAGAGAGGAAGCUUAGAUGGGCUGAAGUCUGGGUCUCCCCUAUCCCCGCCCACUGCCAGCCGCUGUCACUCAGCGCCAAGGCCCACGGAGAUGUCAGUCGGCGCCGUUACUCGUUCAUGAGAUCGAAUCCUGGGAGAGAGAAAAAAAAAACGAGAGUAAAUGAGUAAGUAGCAGUUAUGUCACGUGGCUCAAUGUCUUUCUGCAUAUAACAGGCUCAGUGGAUGAUGACCGAGGCAUUUUUCAUUACAGAGCGGAGGUGUGCGCACUGCUUGAAGUACGCCUAUACAUUAUGCAAACAAACAAAGAAAGUAAAACAUUACAAAAAAACAGGAGCACUGUUAAGCAGCAGGGUCUGUAGAGGGCAGAGGGAGCAACUUCAUCCCAGCCUUAAAUUAACAGCCUGCAAAAUUGAACAUGAGGGGUCACUGACUUUGACCCUCAUCGCAUCAGUUCGAUACAUCAGGCAAGAUGUGCAGGAAAGUUUCAAGAGAAAUGCAAGUGAUCCAAACUUAAGAAAAUAUAUAAAAACACCAAAAAAAAGACAAAUAUUGUGUUAUUAUUUGAACAAGCAUGCAUAAGUACACAGACUGAAUUCUGGGUCUAGAUUUAUAACGUUGGUGUUGAGGCUGAGUUCGAACUGCAGUUCAUGGAAUCUGAACUCAUGAAGGCUUUCUUUGUUGUAUGCUAAUUAAGUGUUCUGUAUACUCUUGUCCGUUCAGAACAUUUUUACAUAAUUGGCAUCAAGUGCUUUUACUCUACGGAUGUAUGUCAUUCACAAUAAAGUGGGGGGGGGGGUGGGGGGGGGAACUCAUCUGACACUCACGUAUGAAAGGAUAACAAAAGAAGCAAGACUGAUGUUUCUUUGAUGUUUGGUGGAGGCUGCUGUGGUUAUUGACUUUUUUCACUCAACAGACAUAAAUGUGGGACCAAGUUCUUUGUGAGUUUACAUGAAUCUUUCAGUCAGUAUAUUGUGCCAUGAGGGAACUUAUAGAAUGAAGCCUGUUGCAUUGGAGCAAACUUUAGGGCGGUUGAACCUUCUCUGAUAGUAAAACCAAAAGGGUUUUGGUAGCAAAUUGGUCUCAUUAAUCUGUGCAUUUUGUGAGUUACAGGCCUUGACCCUCUACAAAAGGCUGUGUCACUUUCCCAGAAUCCUCCAUUGUCAUUCCUACCCAGCAUUCCCUGCUUUGGGGCCUUCUCUCUUAUAUACAGAUUUUUACUAAGUGAAACAUUGGUACCACCCUCUCUUUCCACUGUCACUGGUGUAAAUACUGAGUACUAACCGAAAACAUUUUGACUUUGCAUUCUGUCAGAAAUACCUGUGUUCAAUAAAAGUAAAAAAAAAAAAUA